UUCUAAUAUUUUCCACUGAGAAACUGGUCUCCGUUUUCACAAAUGCUGUUGUUGCGGAUGUCACUGGGUAGGUAGACACCAGUAAGUAUAAUGUUGAGGUCUCUAAAUUGUUUUGCUUUGUGGGCCACAGACAAAUUAGACAUGCUUAUUUGACAGUGUGAGUGAAAUCUUUUUGUAUAUACACUGAAUGCAGUCUGGGUGGCUGAACAGUUGAAUUGGCACUAAACUCAAUUUUGUAUUUAAGAAUAACUGACUAAUAUGCACGACGGCUUUUAUCUAUUAUGAAUGUAAAUAAAAAAUAAGGCUCAGGUCAAACAACUGUUGUACAAUUCGAUGUUCUGAGAGUUCAAGCAUCACAAUCAUAAGUGGUUAGUGGAUAGUUUUGUAAGUAUCUGGGAGUGUAAAUGGAGGUCUUGUGGUACAAUUGAUAGUCAACUGACAACGAGAAUAAAAAAAUAAAAGAAAUGGUGCGAAAAGCUAUAGGUCCUCCAAAGCUAUCGCCCGUUUUCCAUCUAUAGUGCACAUAGGCUUUAUCGAGAUAUUUGUACCAGAGACUAUGGCAGAAGCCUUCCUUUACGCUCUUUGCUUGUACCCACUGGACUCUACGCUUUAUGCUUGUACCACCACCAACCAACUGUUGCUUAAAGUUCACGUCAUUGGGAAUUUUCAUUCGAUUGGCUGUUACUCGUAUGAAGGGUCUCUUUCAGUGCAGGGUGUCUUAGGAAAUGGAGUCUCUUCGUAAAUGAAUGAAGUAGGAAUCCUUGGAAGAAGGCGAAAAAACAACUACAGAUCCCAGAUAUGUUGUAGUUUUAUUUCCUGCAGCAGGGGUGCUCCCCAAUAUGUGUGACCUCAGGCACCCGUUUUGUUUGAGUGUGUUCAACUUUUGAGGUGGCAAACAUUCUUCAGAAACGUCCGAAACAGUAAAAUAAGAAAGUCCAUUUGCAAGUAGUAAAGGAUUAUACGGGGGACUGACGGGAUGUCGGAGUUGAGUGACGAAGCCAGCGAAUCGGAGCAACUGGGAGCCAGUCUGUCUUUGUGGUUGGGGGGCACUGGAGGGCAGUUGGUGCGCCCCGAAGAGCUGGAUGUUCCCCUCGACCUCCACACUGCCUGUUCUAUCGGGCAAUAUGACGUGGUGGCUGAAUGCAUACGCAGAGGGGAAAUAGACCUGGAUUGUAAGAAUAUUGGUGGUUGGACACCCCUGAUGUAUGCUGCCUAUAUUGGCCAUGACAAUAUCGCCAAUCUACUUCUGGAAGCUGGCGUGGGUGUCAAUGCCACUACUCCUAAAGGCCACACUCCUCUAAUGCUGGCAGCCAGCUGUGGGAAUGAGAGCAUCGCUUACUUCCUGCUGCAGCAAGGUGCAGAGCUGGAACUGGAGGACACAAGAGGCUGGACAGCCUUGUUCCAUUGCACUAGUGCUGGACACCAGCAGAUGGUGAAGUUCCUACUGGACAACCUUGCUAAUGCCAACGUAAAAGAACCCAUUUCUGGCUUUUCUCCCUUGAUGGAGGCUGCUGCUUCAGGACAUGAAAUCAUUGUUCAGUACCUUCUGGAGCACGGGGUAAAGGUGGAUGAGAGAAAUGCUAAAGGAGAGACUGCCCGCACAUUGGCUAUGCUGUAUGGCCACACUAAGAUUGCCAGCCUCAUCGAUAUGCACUCCAUGAGACCCAAACAAGAUCUCAGCUCAUCGGAGGAUUCUGACAGUGCUCCCCCAAGGUCUCGUCUCAGCCGCAGUAAGGUCAAGGGGCCCAGUAUCCAUGACGGCCCACAAGCCAUCGCCAAGUUCAGAGUUGGAGGCACCAGCCGACACUCCGAGCCCACACUGGCACCACCAGGCUACGUGACCUUUCAAGAUGAAGGGGAACACAGUGAGGGUAUUUGUAACCGUGAUGUCACCUCACCCAUCAAUGAUCUGGAUGGACAGAGCAACAGCAGCAGAGAUGAGAGUCCCUUCUUUGACAAUGACAUGCCCACCAUGAGGAGCAGCAGCAGCAGCAGCGAGGGGCUCCCGCGGAUGAUCGGCCUGAGCCGCGAAGCCUCUCUGGAGAGCAACGAGGAUUCUGACCAGGCCAAGCGGACCUCCGCCCGCAGAGUCAGCAAGGGCCACCACCACAAGAGCAAGAGUCGCCACGGAAGCAGUGAAGCCACUCAGCCUGGUAGCACUGCGAACUGUGGCGUGCACCCGUCGUCCAGCCAGGCCCCCUCCUACACGGGUCCCAAGGACCUGGCUGAGUUUUUGGAGCAGAUCGGCUUUUCCAAAUACCUCUCCCUACUGGAAGAGCAAGACAUUGACCUACGCAUCUUCCUCACCCUCACUGAGAACGACCUGAAGGAAGUGGGCAUCACGCUGUUCGGGCCCAAGCGGAAGAUGACGUCCGCCAUCGCCAGGUGGCACAGCAGCGCCCGGCCUCCCAGCGACGCUCUGGAGCAGGCUUAUGCUGACCAGCUGGAGGCCGAGAUGCAGGAGAUGGCCAUCCAGCUGCACAAGCGGUGCGAGGAAGUGGAGAAUCUGCAGGGUCAGGUGUCCCAAGAGAGGGAGCUGCGCACCGUGAUGGAGGGAUGUCUGAUGGAGGAUAAGAUGGCUUGGAGAAGAGUGCACAGUGAGCUGUUGGAGACCCACAGGCUGGCCCAGGAUAUGGGCACAGCCCUGGAGAAAGUGCGGGCCUGUCAGACGGAGCUUUUCUCUCGCCUGCGGAGCGACGGGACGAUUAUGCGCCAGGGUGACGCCAAGGUCAAGCUGAAGGGCGAGACGGGUGGAAAAGGCCAGUCAAACUCAACUUAUGAUUUUGGCUUGCUGUCAUUUCAAUGCCUCCGCUGCAUUUUCAAAAGGCCCAAUAUGGACAAUAAUCUGUUUAACACACUUCAAUAUCCUACAGGUGAAGCCUUGGAAGAAGGCUUGAGGUCCCUCAGUGUCACAGAGCUCAUGUCUAAGCUAGAAGGCUAUGAGAAUGAGAUGGGAAAGAACCUCCAGGUAGUGGCACACAGCCUGAAGAGACUGAGUGCUACCGAGAAGGGCACAGAGCACUGGGAAGAGUCCUAGCUGGAAAUGGUCUUGUGACGGUGCUUUAACUGACGGAGGGUGACGUCGCCACCCUGAACAAACUUGCCAGGAAGACAAGGGUGUAAGCCUUGGAGCAGGAGCUGGCCGGUCGUAGGACAAGCAGGCUGGCGGGCAGAUGCCCCCCCCACACGCCUGUGCUGGAGACACGUGGGACUGGAUGAUGCUGUGUCAGAGGAUGAGAGGGGCUAGCAGGUGAUCUGUCAACAUGCUGUAGACAAGUGCUAGCCUAGCCGGUGCCUCGCUCACUGAAAUGCCCCCAUUCUCAGACCACGCUGCAUUCGCUAUGCCAUUCACUUCUUAAGCACGACACACAGUCGUUGUGCACAGAAAUAUAAUGCUGUGUCAACCACUGCAGAGAUCUCAUGCAGGAAUAAUUUACAUUGCAAAAGAGAAACUGCUCUUCAUUGCUCAAAAUUCAAUGGUAUUUUCUAUACAGAUAAUAUUGCAUAAAUUAGUGAGAAAUUAAUUAUGCAAAUUAUUCUGUUGAUUAAAAAAUGUCUUCAGAUACUGGUUUAAAAUUUGGGCUUUAUUGUGUAAGUCUACUUCCUAAUGUGACCGUAUCUAUGGUUCAAUACAGCAGCUUGAGUUGUACAUAGCCUCUGAGCUAUUGAGUCCAUCCUGCAAACUUGGGCGAAACUACGAAGAAGUCAGGAAAUGGUGGUUGCGGUAUAUCAUCCUUUCGGUCACCUAUUCUGGGAUCUGUGAAUCACACACCAUGAUGUGUAAACUUGCAUCUAUUAGAGUUUGCUAUGAAUAUUAUAAUAAUUAAAAAUGAAAUGUUGUCAAUUAA